AUGAUGCGGGCAUCGGAUCUUCCGGAGAAGUGGAAGGCUGGACCUGCUGAAAUCUACACGGGCCUCGCGCAGAAGUCCUACUACCUGAUGAAGGAGAAUCCCGUCCUUUUUGACGUGACUGUAGAUGAAGACCUCGAGAAACUCCAAGUCGAGAAAGAGGACGAGGAGAAGCAGAAGAAGGACUUGGAGGGCAAUGCCAAAGAGGACACGUUGGUGCUGAGAAAGCGGAUUGAAGAAGUCAAGAUGAACGAACGUAUUCGUGCUGUCACAGAGCUGCUGUAUUUAAAGGUGUGCCGCAAGUUUCAGCAGCUGCAAGUACCCUUGAUACCUCAGUUGCAAGAGGGUGGCGAUGUGCGCUUCGGAAAUGUGGAUCUCAAGGGUCUCACCACGGACAUCUACUCUGCAGAUGCACUGGAGCUUGUACGAGACCAUCUCUUCCGCAUCAUUGGGCAGCAAGGAGGCAACCCUUCCUUCGCUGGAGGAAUGGGCGUUGUGCAGAUUGCUUUGUUUCAAGCUGGUCAGGUUUAUGCAAUGUCAGCGAUGUUUGGCUACUACCUUCGCCGCGUCGACCAAAGGUAUCAACUUGAGAAGCUGGCGGGGACUUUUGGCGCCUGGGGUGAAGAAGAGGCAAGCGAGGAAGCUUCCAAUCCUUUCUCGCAGGAUCCUGGUGCCGCCGACUCCCUGAAAGGAUACAUCAGCUCCUUCGGGCCCGACGAAGUACAAAGCAUGUGGGCGGUCACAUCUGCAGAGGCACAGCUGGCCAUGGAAAUGCAGGUCACUGCGCUUUUUGGCGAUCUCCGUGCUUUGAAAGAGAAGUUGGUCAAUGCACUGGGCAUGGUCAACUCACCAGAAGAAGCGACAAUGAAGCUGGAGAAGGCGAUAAAAUCCAAGGAGGUGGAAUCCCUUCGAAUCACCAGCGACGACCUGCGCAGAUUGGUGUUGGAGGCAGUGGCGUUUGGAUCGUUGCUCAACGACUCAGAAAAGCAGUUCGACUCGAUUUACGAGCUCACGCCGGCCUCUAGCCGCGUGAUGGGCGUUCUCACCGGCGAUGACGAAGAAGGCCGAAUGUUGCCAGAGUGA